GAAUAGACACACAUAUUACGAGACGGUGUGUUCCUCGACAGAGAGAAUGGAUCCGCUUCCACCGUCGUCAUGAGUGUGGCACAUUCACCAAAUUCCGGGUUGGCUACGAAUUCUGCUCUGGUUUCCUUAACUCUCUCCGUAUUCCUUUCCCCUGCUCCUCGCUUCCCAUAUUUACGUACCGCUUUCUCCCUGUCCGCUGCUGAGGCAAUAACGGGCAGAGUUCCACCACCAAAUACGAACUCCAUCCAGCCCAGUAACAUAGCAAACCCACGGACAGGCUGCCAGGCAGCCAGUAUCCUCCCGAUAGCAGUCGACUCGACUUCUUUCCCCUCUUCCUCUCUCUCUCUCCGUUUCUUUCUUCGUGGGCGGCCCGGCAUUGCAUUCUUCUGUCCGUAACAUAACAACAAUCAGAUUCUUCCAGGCACACGCGUUACUUACUUUUAUACUUAUAUCGCUCCAGUUGUCUGCCAGAGAUUGAGGGUCUCUGUGCUUGGUGGAGAUUACCUUUCGUCAACAUGAGUACAUGUUGCUACUCUACUAAACGUAAGCUUGUGUCUUAAUCUCACAUCAUCAAAAAUAAUUUGGAUGGUGGCUUGUCUUGGUUCAACAAAUAGUCACGGAGAAAUCAGGACUUGGAUUUUCAUCAAUAAGUACGUUCUCGUUUGUUUACUGUACGCAAACUUACUCGUCAUUUCUGUAGGAUUUGGUUCCUGUGAUUGUCAGAGAGAGAGAAAAGGAGUUAUCCUUUCGGGGCAUUUUGCUGUCAACGGGUACAACAAAUAAAUAAGACCUUUAUCAGCAAGUGAAAUAUCGAGUAUGGUUUAUUCUGCUGGAUUCUUUGCCAAAUCUCGUCACCAAGCAACCACUUGAAUUGACGCUGAGUCGACGUGACGCAUGUACCACUCUGAAGUUCGGAUGGCAAGUUAUUGCCAACAAACUGUUUGCAACUGACUGCUGAUUGAGUCAGUCGGAGGAAAUGUAACACUGCUCGUGGUUGACAGUUGGAGGCGUGGAAUGCAAGGGAAGAAAAAUGGGAACACCUCCAACGAGAAUAAGAAAAUACUUGACUUUCUCCUAAAGUAAUCAUCAUAAACCCUUCAGCCUCCAUACACCAUUGACGCUUCGAUGAUAAUGAAAUCAAGUCAAAUUGAGUCGAGUGAGAGUGACUAAUGUGAAGGUGACUGGUACUGGUGUGCAUUUACUGCACGGUAAUAAUCCUCAUCAUGUAGCUCCCAUAAACUAAUCCAUGAGCUUUCCAACAGUAGCACACGUACGCUAGCACCAUUGGAUGGUGGCACCCAUCCAGAAACUCCACGUGAAGUGGUGACUUUUUUUUCCUUUGUGACCGUAGUGAGGCAACUCAACUGCCGUCACACCACAACAAAUACGGAAGGGAAGCACCGUUCUUCCCUCCCAUUUAUACUCUUCAGCUGGUCAUGCUCUGAAAUAUGUUCACUUCACACUUUGCCAGUGACGAGGAUCUAGACCAGUUGUGAAGCCAGCAUGUCUCGUUUGUUUAUGAAUGCAGCAAUAAAUACUUGUAAAUUACACCAAACAUAAAAACGACCACGGAACGAGACAGUUCCAAGUGCAAGUCGUCGUCGUCGGAGAACGCGAUGGUGUCUUCCGCCACCCUCGCUAUUUUCUUCUCGACAACAUUCUACUACCUGUUUAUUUGCUCCACACUUGUCUCCGGGAAUGUCGAGGUGCAGACAGGGGGGACGGAAAUUUUUGAAUUGGCAACUCUGUGCAAAGGACACUACCCAACACAAAUGCACCGAAAGAUUGAUGGAGCUGUAAUUCAGAGUCUGAAUGACAAAAAUCUAGAUUGCGUUAUAACGUUUAGUGCCGAAUAUGUCAGCCAAAGAUUUCUCAUCCGAUUUACCGAGUUCAACAUGGAGUGUGGAGACCGUCUUCAUAUUUACGACAGUGCGAAUGCCAUUGGUGCAACACGGGCGGAGCUUUCCUGCCGUUUCCUCGGUCCUGAUAGCAUCGUGCCCAUAAAAACAAGAGGUCAUUAUGUUACACUAAAGUUUACAGCCGACAGCUGGGGGACGGAAACCAACAAAUUUACAAUGGUCAUUACCGCAUUCAAGGACCCCAGCCAAGGAUGUAGAGAUGGGUUCGUGUGCGGAAACGACAUGUGCAUUACCAAUCGCAUUUUGUGCGAUAAAACUCCAAACUGUUUGGACGGGUCGGACGAGCUGAGAUCUGCCAACUGUACGAGCAAUUUUCUGGACAUGUUAAGCUCCAUCGACUCCCCUGCAGAAAUUGGAAUCCUUGGUGGGCUCAUGGUGAUAUCAAUGGUGAUAGUCAUUACUUGCUUCUGUUAUUGCACUCGACAUCGACGCAGAACUCCUCCCCAGUCUCCAGACAUUUACAAUCAUGGAAAGAGUCGCAGUGAAGCUUCUGGUUCGAAUGGAGCCGGAACUAUGAUAACGUUAAGUGACAAGCCAAGUUUUCACCACAACUUGCACCAUCACCAGCAAAAUACGUUGGAAAGUCUUCGCAAGAAGACGGGAAACUCUUUAAACUUGCAUCUCCCUGCGGUCCAAGGGUACACCAGGACGCGCCUUCGCCAAUGCUAUAUGGGAAACUAAAUCCUCCACGUUCUCACACGACCGAAAUCUCACCAAGUCAGAACAAGGAAGAGUGGUUCGUGUAACUAACAUCGCAUUUGUUGCUGUUGCUGAACAAAUAAUUCCAGUCAACUUGCACCGUUUCAAAGUCACGGUUUUGGAUUAUUAUGACAAGUCCUUGUCGUCAUCUCAAGGAUUACUUCUUCACUAUGUCCUAUGAUUCAGAUUCAGUAGCAGCAAAAUUAGGAUUUAAUAAACAUAGUUUCGCAUAUACCUCAAGAAAGGAUGAUCGCCGUUCUUCCAUGCUUUUCAACCCCACCGUCGCAAUUACCAUCACCGUUUCUUCUGAACAACUUCAAACCAACGAAAUUUCUGAAAACUAACCCACAGACAAAUAAUGACCGAGUUUUCGCCAACGUCCUCCUUACAACAUCAAAAGAAAUUAUUUUAUAUGAAACAAUCAAAACUCAAGAGGACUCGAGGGGAAAAGUGAAGAAAAUUCAGGUAACAACCGCCGAGUCCAAGGGACACAUUUGUUGGUUCGGCUGGAUAUACGUACUUAUAUCCAUACACGUACGUAUAUGAACUCGGUGUGCUGUAAUUUGUGGGAAAAGUGUUUAAAAAGAGAUUUGUGAAAUUGUUCGAGAUCUUGAUUGAGUGUAACAACGACCGUGGGAUGAAAGUGUGGAAGAGGCACCGCAGGGAGAGAUUACAAAAACUUUUUCAUCAGACUGCUUCAUGUACCCAAAGCAGUCUGCCUUCGUCUCGACGACGUUUUAUAUAACUUUGUGUACACCGUAAAUUUAGCAUAGAGUUAGAAAUAAUUGUGUCGAGUAUUUAUGUUUAUGGGCCAGCGUACAAUAUAUAACGUGUAUGCAUGCACUGUUGGCGACAGGUCAUCAUAUACAUAACGCCAGCCAGUGGUAGUUGGGUAGACCCUUGAUCAAAAUGGAGGUUGGUAUGCACUAAUUAAUCGAGAAUUAAACAAGAGGAGGUGAUUAGUGUUACUUGAUACCACCAUGCCACUUGUAUUUCACAGAGCAAGGAAAUUAGUAUCCUUCGCUAAAAUGAGCUAAUGAUGCUCCGCGGAAGAGAAAGAGACGGCAACCUCAAAGAAAGCUAAAGUAUGUAGACUGAAACUGCAAUUGAUUACUUUCCAGUUCUCUGAUAAAUUGCCCAACCCAAACAUAAUCAACACACAGAACUUCCAAUUGCUGGUAAUAAGUUUAAGAAUCUAUUACUUAUUUGCGCUAGGUCUUCUUGGGUCGUUUGCUAAAUUUCUCCACUUUCAAACUUUUUUCACAUUCAACUUUAACAUGAACGUCUCCCAAGUGCUUCCAAACCUGAACCAAAUUGAAUUGUUAUUGAUGUCUGGAUACCAGAUUUCAUGAGAAUGUUGAGAAUAAUGGCAUUUCAUUUAUUUCAGAGAGUUUAUCGAUUAAGGUUCAUCUCUCAAAUUUUUGCAUAACACGAAACGCGAUUGUUUCAAUUAAAUUCUGUUUUUUUGGAAUUAUCUCUCUGGAAUUCUACCCAUAUUCUAAAAAUCAGUUGUGUGCAUAUUUACAAGAUGCAUGAAUUAUAAAACGGACCUGAGAGAUACAUAUUUCCGUUUGAAUUAUAAUUCACUUUGCAGUAAUAAUUCCACAAACAAGGCAACAUUUCUAAAACCUCCAAAGUGAUGGUUCUCACUGGCUUUUAGUUAAAUAAGAAGUGCUCGAAAGACACACUUUGUGAAAGUUCAGCAGCAGAAAACGAAGACAUUGUCUUCAUUUGUAUCUCCAUUUUGCUUCCUAAUGAUACUCGAUUGGCCCAAUUGGUAGGACUCACUUAUUCACAAUUCUGUUGUUCAUACGUAUUUACAUGCCUACUCAAGUUCCCCCAAAAUUUUCCCUGAGAAUCCAAACAAUUAAUACAGAAUUACAAAAUAUAUAGGCCACGCCACAAUAACAUGAUGAGCUCUGUUUUGUAUAAAAGUAUGUGUGUUGUACGUAUUAUUGUACAUAUUUAUGUAUGUAGAUCGUUGAUGAGUGUAGAAUUGUGUCAGUUGUAGUCACAAAAAUUGUAUAUAGUUGCAUUGACUGAGAAAUCAUGAGAACUAUUUCUAAAUAAUUGCGUCAUUCUCUACUCCGCGCAUGCAUGCAUUGUGCAUACGCAGUUUAAGACUUUUUUUUAAUAAUUAGACCCACGCUACAUAUAAUUAUACAAUUUUUAGCAAAUUCCACUAAUCAGAACGUAGUCAUUCUUGUUACGGUACAGUUCGAAUGAAGGAAAAUGCACACAUUGUUGGAAGUAGCAAGUAAGCAGUACGUAAAUGUGCAAUGUACAAUAAUACUAUUUUAUCUAUCGAAUCAGGAUUUAUAUAUGUGUAUGUAUAAUGGAACUGCCAUUGAAAUUAGUCCACACGUGUAUAAUCAUUCAUAGUCAUCGUCUAAAUACAAGAAUAUAGAUUUAGGGCCUACAUAUGUAAAUAGUUGUCUCUGUUACAUAUUAUUAUCACUAAUUAAUAACUUAUUACUUCCACCAUGGGAAUAAAUACCUUGUAACGGCACAAAUUUGUUCUAUGGAAAAUGUCAUGCCCAUAUCGGCGACAUAUCUGGUGAUUUUUACAUAAAGAUCGUAUCAAUUUAGCAACAUCAGCUAUAAAUGAAAUGGUGCAGGCAAAUACGAAAAAAAUGAUAGUCUAAUUUUUAAUUGUGUACAUAUUAUAUUUUAUAUUUAAAUUGUUUGUUAUGAUAUUGUUGUUUAAUCCCACGUCACUAUUAAACUAAAAUAUGUACGAAUCCAUUGUAGAACCAUAUCCUGUGAAAACUAAAAUAUCAACUUAAACGAGCAGCUAAUGUCAGAUCAGACCCUCAUCUCAUCCAUAUCCCUCAAAGUACAUGAAAAUUUCUGCGAAAAAAAUUAUUCGCUUAAAUGAUAUUCUAAACCGUUACGUAGUACGUACAUACGUCUGUAUAAUUAAAUGGUUAACUAACGAAUAUCAAAGAAUAUCAAAUCAAAAUCCAUGAAAAAUCACCGCAUAUAUAACUAAAAAAUUCCUAUGCCCCAAGUUGAGGUUAUUUGAAAAUUAUGUGAACCAUAAUAGCUUUAGUAUUUAAUGAGAAUGUCUUUCUUGAGAAUUGAAAACAAUUGAUACAUUUCAUUUUUUACAACCAUUAAUAAAAAAGUUUUUCAAAAUUA